AAAAAAAAAAAAAAUGUGUAAAAAAGCAAAGAAUUUCAUAAUAAAAUCAAACAAUACAACGCGUCAAUUAAUUAUAUUUAUUACAGAACGUUUUUCGUAGAAACAUCUUGAAAUUAUCAACUUAUUCGAAUGUUAAUUAAUUCUUAUUACCGUAGUUUAUUAUAUGAGAAUAUCUAUGAUAUAGAGAUAGGAAAGGAAAUUACAAUCGUGAAUCGCACAAGAAGGUUGGCUCACGUAUGAACGAGCGAAUGGUCGCGCGCACAUGCGACUAGUCGUGGGUAAACUCGCGAGUAGUUUGUGGGCCAGGUUCGCGUUACUAAGAAACAGAACUUUCAGUUUCUUUUAGGAGAUCGCGAGUGCAGCAUCUCGUUAAUGUAACAGGCGCGUUCUGGUACGUGCGUGAAAGUUUCUGUCUUCGAAGCGGCCAACAUCUUCCUCCAUACAGGGAAGAUUAUCGAAAGGGUCUGUCGUAGGUAGAUAGGAGGACAAGUGCGAACGUCGAGAGGAAGGAAGAAAAAUGUUGCGAUGUCGGUGAUGAUAGAAGAGAGAAGAAUCGUGCAUUACAAAGACGACGGUAGGUCGUUCUAAAAGAGCAUGCCGCGGUGGUUACUCGCCCUGGACGAACCAGCAUCGAACCCAUGCGGUAGCAUUGUUAUCGGCCACGAACCAUCGGGGUUAAACUGUUGGACCGUAUCAGGGGAUGCUCGAACGCGAGAAAGUCCGUACCGGUGCCGCAAUCACAACGGCCUUGACAGUCUCAACUGGGAACCGGAUCAGUCUAGACGGCGUCGUUUCAUCCCUGCAAUUACCGAACGAUCGGUACGCCUGUAACCCCGAUAGCAUUUAUUCAGUCCCUAGAAACGAUCUUCACGAAGUGGAAUGGGUAGAACCUGAUUCGGUGGAUGCCGAAGUAUCAAGAUUAGUAGCAGGAUCGUCGACAACGACGACGACGACGACGAUUACGCGAAAUAAUCCAAGACGAUGUUGCAGAACUUCGACCAGUUCGGGCUACUCGAGCCACUCGCCGCCUUUAUCAGCAGGUUCCUAUUCCUGUUACGCGUCUGCUGUACCUGGUCAGAGUAUUUUUCGUUCAACUGCUCCGCAAACGAUGAAAGAUCAAUUCGGAGGAGGUCUCGCAGUGAUACACGAGGGCGAAGCAAUUCCACGUCCCAUAUGGCCGUCUGUCUUUACCAACGUAUCACAAGAAUUCUAUAUCCGCGAUGACGGCAAAACCGAAUACGAUAGAAUGUACACGUGUUGCGGAUGCGGUUGUACGUACACUUAUUCGUGCUACGAUUGGAAUUACGGCCGACCGACGGGAACGUCAGCGCGCGAGAUUCUUUUAGAAUUAUCAAGGACAUUGAACUCCGUUAUAGAAGGUGAGACGACGAUGACACCCGAAGAGAUUUUACAAAAUAUAUCGAAAACCGUGGCUCAGGGGAUAAAUCUGAAGAAGAGUAGUAUUUACGAGUACGUACGUCACAAUCCAGCAUGGUUGAAUGACGGAAAGAACGCUUCGUCAAUUUUGAGCAGUAAAAAUUCGUCACAGUCGACUGGAAAGGAUUCGUCGUCGCUUCAAAGUCGUACGAAACACUCGUCUUCCUCGUCAUCGACGAGGGUAAAUCCGGUGAAUUCGAAAGUUUACGGUAGCACCCGUAGAUUCUAUAAUUCGGCUUGGUCAACGUCUAGAUGUACCUGCGAUCCAUCUAAUAGAAACGUCGAAUCAUCGAGAUGCAAAAAGACUAGGCCGGAAUUGGAAAAGAAGUCGUCUUCAAGUACGGAGAUUCAUUGUCAAAAACCAUUGGGUUUGUGUACCUGUAAAUGCUUUAAAGACUCGACUCAGCAAUCUAGAAGGAAACAGAGUACUUGUACCAGUGUUCAGAUCGGAGAUAGUGAGAAACAGUCGAUCGUUGGACUAGACGGUUUAAAUCAAAAUCGAAAUGGUCUUGUUUCUGAUGAACCAGAAUACACGAUGCAGUUGGAGUGUAGCGACGGUGGUUCCUCGAACGAAGGGAUAGUUGUGCCGUCGACGAAAGGUGCCUGGAAUCAUCACAACACGAGAGGAUUCAUCGGUGAUUUGGAUUUCACGUUGGACGUCACGCGUGCCGAACGUUUGGGUCGAGCGAUUGCGAAAGCGAAAAGGAAUCGGCAAUGGUGCAGAGCUCUGACCACUUUAUUCGGACUAGUCUUUUUUGUUUUAAGCGUCGUUGUCGUUUCGCUGUCGGUGACAAGGGGUCGAAAAGUUUUCGGUAGCAUGUGAAAAAGCUCUUUUUUAAGGAACUAAAACGUCUUGCGACUGAUACUCUUUGCUAAGUACGUAUUUCUCAGUACCUUAUACCAGUUAAGUAAAAAUCCGCAGGGUUCAGGAAGGGUCCUGCAAGCAAUAUAUGGCUGUGACCAUGUCCUUGUAUAUCUUAUGUUUUAAAUGAUGUGUGUAUUCCGAAAGCAAUGGCAUUAAAUAAAGAGAAGACGAUAAGA